GCCUGUCCGGUGGCGGAUGUGUGAAGGGUGAUUCAGUGGUGACAGGAAGCUGCAGCUUUGCCCGCGGCCCUCUGGAGGCAGCAGCGCUGUGGCUCACGCAGGUCCCGGGAUGGGGCGGCCUCAGUGAGGACUCGGACUCAGGUGGGGACACCAAGGACAUGGGCGCUGAAACCGAGAUGCUGUGUUCAGGGGCGGCGCUGCUGCUGCUACUGGGAGCCAUGGCCGGGCUGUGCGUGCGCUGCUCCCGCCCAGGGGCGAAGAGGACGGAGAAAAUCUACGAGCGGAAGAGUCUGCAAGCGAAUCAGCAGAGCUUCUCAGUGGCUGCUCGGACCUAUUCCUCAGUUAGGCAGGCAUCACCAGGACCCCAGAUGGAUGCAGCCUCCAACACGGCCCCCACAGGGAAGGACAAGCUGCUGCGCUUCUCCACCCUGCUUGAGGAAUCCGGGUCUCCCAGGUACCAGAACUUCAGCAAAGGGAGCAGACCAGAGUCUGAUGCCUACAUAGACCCCAUCACCACAGACUAUUACCACUGGAUGUGGUCCCGGAAGCCCCCGGAAGAUGAGGACGACACCAACUCCUAUGAGAACGUGCUCACUUGCCAGCCCCAGAUCAGGAACGCGGAGCCAGACAGGGAGGACUCUGAGGACUAUCAGAACUCAGCAUCCAUCCACCAGUGGCAGGCAUCCAUGCGGACCCAGGAACAAGUACUCAGAGCAGCGGGGAGCCCGGAUGAGGAUGAGGAUGAGCCCGACUAUGUGAAUGGGGAUGUGGCAGCGAAGGAAGCCUAGGGGAGCCUGGAACUAAGGAGCCCACACCAGGCCUGAGGGAACCACCAGACUCAGACUGGUUUGCUGUGCCCAGCGCGCUCACUUUCGGCCUUUGGGGUUACUGCUGGAAGGGCCUGACACCCGAGGACCUCCUAGCUGGCUGCAGGGACAGCCUGGGAUAGAGCCCGACAUGUGUCGUCAUAGCUGCACCCUCCAUCCCGGCUUGGGCUUCUGUGGAGCAGAACAAGUGCCAAGGGCCAGCUGGCCUCUGCUGUGACAAGUCACCCAGGAUUUAGGGCAAGCUGUGUCUCCAAACCUGUCCUGUAAAAUGCUAACACCGGA